AUGUCGAAUUCUGGAGAUUUGCCAUCUCAGCUGCAGCGAGGUGAUCAGUCCAUCUACCUCGUCAUCUACAAGGUGCUGCUGUGGAGCGUGACGUUGAAGAUUGUCUUGCUCCUGUACAUUUUCGGAGCAAGUGUGGACGAGAAGGACACCGUGUCCUUGCCAGCCGCCUUGUUCAUCAUCGUGGUGAUGACCUUGGUCUUCGGCGUCUACUCCCUGGAAGACCACGGACUUUUCGUGGAGAUCCUCUGGAUCUUUUCCACAUACCUCGAGAGCAUCUCGAUGUUGCCUCAGUACAUCUACUGCUACAGGGACGCCGACAACAAGUGCCCCUUGGUCUCCUCCUACGUCUUCGCCAUGGGUGGAUACCAGAUGGUCUUCGGCGUGAGCUGGGGCCAUCACUUCCUUUUCCGGCCCUACGACCUGGAUGUCAGCAGCAUGAUUUCCGGUUUUCUGGGUAUCGUCUUCUUUUGCGACUACUUGGCGUUUCGCGUGCUGGGCGUCUCCAUGCUCGUCCAGGUCUGCAUCUCCGUCGACGAUACGAUCAAGGAGGCCGAGGAGGCUGCUUGGAGCCUGGUGGCCGGGCAGCCGGUGCAAGGCAUGGACUUUUCGGACCCCAUCAACCCAGAUGUCAUUGGCCGUCGAGAGGAGAUCGAGAUGGCAACAACAUCGUCGGCCCCUGUGGAGUACCACCGGAGCAUGCGGCUGACGGCCUAA